AGGCCUUCUUCUCUCUUCCCACUUCCCUUCCCUCGCACACACUCAACACAACCUCCCUCUCUCUCUCUGUCUGUUCCUUCUUUGCCCUUUGCCCUAUUCAAUCACCCAGAUCUGUUCCCUCCAUUUUCAGUAACCUUCUCUCUCUCUCUCUCUCUCUCUCUUCAAUUAGAUUAAUGAAAACUUGACCCUUCUCUUCUCUCAGAUUCACUUUUCUUUCUUCAUAAAUACUUGGUGUUAUAGCUCAACAAUGCUCGCUUCAUAAUUCGGUGCAUCACAUCUUAGCUUUAAGGAAUCACAAACUGUAGAUACUGUUAGUACUCAAUAUGGAGCUGAGUUCUAUUAAAGAUGCUUUUGACCGUGUUACUAAGAAGCAAAAGUUAUCUAGUUCCAAGACUCAAGAAGUGAUUGAUCAGAUCAGACAGGAAAUUGUGAGUGUUUUAGACAUGAUGCAGUCAGUGAAUAACACUGACCAUGAACUUGACUAUAAAACUGUUCUCAAUGAUCUUAAGGCCACUUUACUAAAAAUAGCUCCACUUAGUCAUAUGGAAGGUUCACAGAAGGAGCUAAAUGUAGCACUCAGCAAGUAUGGGAAACUUCUUGAGAAAUAUUUCAACCCUGAUAUAUCCAAGGCUUACAGAAAUAUUGACUUUGAUGUACAUACGCUAAACCAAAUAAUUGCCAACCAUUUUUAUCGCCAGGGCCUUUUUGAUAUAGGGGACCAUUUUAUGAGUGUGGUUGGAGAGCCUGAAUCUGCUGCCAUUAUGAAAUCUCCAUUCUUAGAAAUGUAUCAAAUACUUGAAGCCAUGCAGAAUCAGAACCUGGAGCCAGCUCUCAACUGGGCUGCCACAAAUUAUGAAAAACUCACUCAAAGUGGAUCUGACAUUGUAUUGAAACUUCACUCCAUGCAAUUUGUGAAAAUUCUCCAAAAUGGAAGUAGAGAUGAAGCUCUUCAUUAUGCUCGAACUCACCUUUCUCCUUUUGCCUCCAGUCACAUGGCCGAUAUCCAGAAGCUUAUGGGUUGUCUUCUAUGGACCGGAAAGCUUGAUCGAUGUCCAUAUCACGCAUUGCUAUCCCCGUCUAACUGGGAUAAGUUGGCUGAGGAAAUUAAAAGGCAGUUUUGCAAUCUUUUGGGACAGUCAUAUAACUGUCCUUUGAGUGUGACUGUAGCAGCAGGGGUCCAGGUUUUGCCACCUCUCCUUAAAUUUAUGAAUGUCAUGGCAGGGAAGAAGCAAGAAUGGCAGUCUAUGAACCAGUUACCAGUGCCUGUUGAGUUGGACCGUGAGUUCCAGUACCAUUCCAUUUUUGUUUGUCCUGUCACAAAAGAACAAGCAACUGAGGAUAACCCUCCGAUGUUGAUGGCCUGUGGCCAUGUCCUCUGUAAGCAGUCUAUCUUGAAGAUGUCCAAGAACAGCACAAAAGUGUUCAAGUGCCCAUAUUGUCCCUAUGAUAUUGAUGCAGCACAGUGCAGGCAACUAUAUUUCUGAUGUUGAUGGAUUUAUAUGAAACUCUCUAUAAACUGAAUCAUGUGUUAGCAUAGAUGUACCUGUGUAUGGCGAUUUCAGAAGCCCAUGCCUUGUUAUGAUGUCUGUAUGUUUGGUAAAUUUGUUGUAAAUAAAAAUUCUUUUUUAUUUGGAUAUGACCGGCAAGUCCUUCAUUAAUUAGCUGCAAUCAUUUCAAUAAUCUUUGAUUCAGAUAAAUUGGAUUUUCCG